UCCUCGAUACUCUCUCCUCCUUAUCGCCAUGGCCUCCGUCGCUUUACCAACGUUCACCUGCCGGAGCUCAGGCGAACCGACGAAGGAGCUUCGCGUCUGCACAAACCGCACCUGCCGAAAACAAGGCUCAUUCCAAAUCCUCGAGACGUUAACCUCCCUCGCACCUCCCCAACUCCAAGUCAAUCCCUGCGGUUGCCUCGGCCGUUGCGGCUCAGGCCCGAACCUCGUCGCUCUCCCUCAAGGUAUCUUCCUUCGUCACUGCGCCACUCCUUCUCGAGCUGCUGAGAUCCUGUUCAGCCUAUGCGGCGAUGGCCGGAGAGCUUCUUCUUCUUCCUCGGCCGUUACAGACGCUCUCGCCGCUUUAGCGCUAACAAACAAUGCUCUCUCUCAGAUCGAAUCUGGAAAAUUCGAAGAAGCUGAAUCACUUCUCACACAGGCUUUGGAGAUGAAACCAUAUGGUGGAUUGCAUAGAAUAUUCGAACACAGAGCAGUUGCGAAACUGGGGAUGUUUGAUUACUGUGGGGCUCUUGAAGAUAUAAGUCAAGCUUUAGCAUUAGCUCCUAACUAUUAUGAGGCCUACGUUUGCCAAGGUGAUGUUUACGUUGCAAAAGGUCAAUAUGAUCUCGCUGAGAAGUCGUACUUGAAGUGUUUAGAGAUUGAUCCUACUCUUCGCAGAUCAAAAUCAUUCAAGGCGCGGAUUGCAAACCUUCAAAAGAAAGCUGUUGAAGCAGAUGUGAGUUAGAAGUAUCAUGAGAUUUGGAGUUGUGUUGGGUGUUGGAUGCAUAUAGCUCACUACGUGUCUGUCACUUUUAAGGGUAAUUCUUUUGGCCGUUGCAGUAAUGACUCUUUCGUUUGGGUAGAAGGGUUUCCAAGAGCUCCAAAGUAUGUUGUUUAUAGGUUUAUUAGUAAUGAGGUUUCGCUGUCUAUAUUAUUCAAGCUAAUGAUAUAUAUAUUAUUGAGAUGAUAUUAUUCAAGUAAAUGACAUUAUUUUGAUACUAGAGACGAC